CCAGGUUUGCCUAGGGCGUGGCAGCUGUGGAUAAAGGCUGCCCAGGCUUGGCAGUCCGCAUUCUGCCUUCUCCCGGAACCACCUCUCAGCCUGUGGAGCUACUCAGACACGCGCUACAACAUGCACGAGGUGGCUCUGAGCCUGCUGGCCCUCCUAGCAGGCCUGCCUUCUCUGGAUGCCAAUGACCCCGAAGAUAAGGACAGCCCUUUCUACUAUGAUUGGUACAGCCUCCGAGUCGGCGGGCUCAUCUGUGCAGGGAUUCUCUGUGCUGUGGGCAUCAUUGUCCUUAUGAGUGGAAAGUGUAAAUGCAAGUUCAGCCAGAAGCCCAGUCACCGUCCAGGGGAGGGGCCACCUCUCAUCACACCAGGCUCUGCUCACAAUUGCUGAAGAUGAACAGAAUGCCUUUGAGCCCAGGUCCUGGCUCUGGAAGUGGGCCUGAACUCCAAGAUGGCCGUACUGUCGGUUCCUGACUCUGCCUUGCCCAGCGCCUCGUCUUACCUCUCUCAUGGUAGCAGGCUCUUUGUUCAGCUUUUAAUCUAAAAUAAUUUUUACAUCGUGCUCAGGUGA